GCCUGAAUGACCGUGGAAAGUUCAUGGGGACAAGAGUUUUAUCUCUCUAAUUAUAAAUAACAGUAUAUACUAGGUGAAUAUCAAGUGCGCGAAGAACCCAAGCUUCCUCUGUUUAAAUGGGUUCUGUUGAUAGAAUAUCGGUUUACCAGAAGAGAUUCCUUGAAGACUUGGAUCCUGGAGACAUACAGGAUAAAUUACACAUCUUUGCAGUAGAGUCCAAAGUGAUCCCAAAUGAUCUGACUGAAUUUGCAGAUCUCUUCCGUGAGUUCAUUUCUGAGGAAAGCUUUAUAAUACCACCUGAAAUAUGGCGGUCCUGGGACUGGCUUUUUUUCAAAGAGAUGUUGUUAAUGAAAUGUGUAAAGAAUAAAGUUCAGAUUUUUGACCUGCAGCUGGGAGAUUCUGGUGAGUUUAAAGUGGUGGUUGUGGGCUUUAAGGAUGAAAUUAAUCCAGUGUGUCAGAAAAUAUUGAACUUUUUAAAGGCUCAAAAUACUGCAAGUGAGUCAGUGUCAUUCGGUAGAGGAGAAAAGGAGUUGCUGAGUUUUUACCUACAAACAUCUGAUCUUUCCAAACCUAAGGUAUUAGAUGAAGGAUUAAGUUUGAAAUAUAAAGUUUGUGAUUCAAGGAUUGAAAUAACUGGAACUAAAGCAAAUGUACAGAGAGCUACAAGAGAGAUACAAAGAGUGACCAGUAAAUGUUCUACACAUUCACAGAGUAAAAACCCAGGGCUAAACAUAAGCAUAGAGCCAUUUAAGCAUUUUAAAGUUGUUAUUUGCAGUGGCCGUGACAAUAUCCAUCUUAGUUCAGAAUCACUUAUAGUCCAAAGCAGCAGUCAUGAAAUACUCUUUGACGGGACGGACCAAGGAAAAGUUGUUGGUGAAUUGAGUGAGAUUACUCUUACAGUAAAAGAAGGAUUAUCUGAACUUGGAAAACUACAAAAAGUGAUCAGACUUCAUUGGCAGUGCAAAUUCAACAAGAAAAACCACACUGAAGUUCUGGAGGCUGCGGUCAUCAAAGCCCUGGAGUAUGUAAAGACACAAGGUCAGACAUUGGUGUCCAUAUGUUGCCCACUGGAUAAGGACCUUAACACAUCGAUUCAAGCUGCAACUGUGGCAGCUGCACUGGAAGGGUUUUGCAAAGCUCAGUCAUAUUUGUUUGUUUCCUCACUGACUGUGUUUAUCGUCUGCCCCAAUGAGACUGAAUGGGCCAAUAUUUUGAAGAAAAAUCUGGACAUUUUUUGGGCUUGCUCUAACAGUAAACAAAAUGGCAUGCAAGAGGUCAUACCUGUGAUUCCCCAGAAUAUGUCUGUGCAGUUGGUGGGUGGAACUUUGGAAGAAAAUCAGGUCCAAGCAUUUGCUGUUCCAGUUACUGUUUCUUCAAAGACAAAGUCUAUUGAGCUGUCCUGUCUAUGUGCUCACAAGUCGAGUUAUAAUCUGGAAGAAUUUUUGCAGAUCCGGUCUCCUUGUCUGGCUGAUACUCUGCAAAAUGGGGAGAUUAUUCCAGUGACCUGUUCGGAUACUGGGCUGUUAUGUGAAUAUCUGUAUCUUAUUGAGGUGCAAGAUGACUGGGAGGAUCCUGCUGAGAAAGUGAAGAGCUUCAUGCACAAGUGUGCAACUUUGAGUCACCACCUGUUUCUCACUUCAAUGGCCGUUCCAGUUCUUGACCUCAGCAGACAUGGGGUGCCGCCAUCUCAGGUGGUGAAAUGGCUGCUUGAAGGCCUGAAGAUGUUCGAACGGGAGACGUCAUUCUCUUGGCUUCAUUCUGUUAGGCUUGUUCUCAGUCCUGAUUGUACAGAUUUCAGCUUGGUGAUGGAAGGCAUUAAAAGAUCAGAAGAGCCACUUGGGAUUUGCUUUGCAGAUCAUCCAUUUUUCAUUCAGUAUUUGCACGACUCUAAUCAAGCAUUUAUGGAAAUAUUUUUGAAUAUGGAAAAGACAAGUUCCAGUUUUACAAUAUUUAAAAAGUCAAAACAACAUUGCCUUUCAAUAUAUAAACAGGAAUAUAUUUCAGCUGAUAUGUCUUUGGCAAAAUGGAAGAUAGCACAAGCAAACGUUUACAAUCGCUUAAGGAGGAGAUACAAUGUCAAAAAGCAUCAUAUUCCUAAAUUACCCCAAGUGGAAAAGUAUGAACCAAAUUUGAAAAAACUCCAGUCUAUUAAAAUUUACGAACAUGAUACAUGGGUGGUGGGUUUAACAGAGGAAGUUAAUGAGUACAUCAGGAUAGCAGACCUGAAUCGACAUGUGGAAGAAACUAUCUCAAAUGAAAUAUGGGGUGAUCUCACAGCUAAAGCAAUUCAACAUGUUACUGAAGAUUUCCAGCUGGAGUUAGAUGCUUGUUUUCCUACAGUGAUAGCUUCCCAAGAUACAAUGGUGCCACCCAACAUUAUAUUUCUAGGACCUUAUAAAACCGUGUACUCUGCCAUAGAUUUCUUUAAAAUGCUAAUCUCUAAAGCUUUGCUCUGUGUUUCCCUCUCUGACAAGUUGUCAGAUUAUAAAUAUGCCUUUUUGAAAAGCUGGAAUUUAAGUGCUUUAUCUCAGAAACUUUUCCAUUCAAGAUACAUCGGGGUUACUCUGACAGAGCAAGAUAACUCUCUAAUGAUGCAAGGUGACUCCUUUGAGGACAACCAGCAAGCUAUGGAGGUUCUAAAAGAUGACAUUUAUGAGGCAGCCAUCAGAAUAAGUCGUGCAAGCCACACUUCAACUAAGGGAGAAAAGUGGAUAAAGCAGUUAGAAGACAUUUUGCACAGGCUCAACACAAAUGAGCAAAAUGUUGAGAUACACACCAUUCAAGACAAAGAUAAUAUUAACUGCAUGGUGGUGGUUGUGGGAUUUAAAACAGAAGUCCAUGCUGCCAAACGAAUACUUAAUCAGUAUUUCCAACAAAACACAGGCAUAAAGAGGAUUUUAGAAUUUAAACAGCCAAGUAUAGUUGAAGCAGGUCGUAAGCUCCUGGAUAUCAUUGAUAAAAAGGACCUGUUUGGUGCUAAAGUGGAAGUCAAUGUCCAUACAAACUCCAAGGUAGACAUCGUCCUCAGUGGUACCAGAUGUGAAGUUCAGAAAGCCCAAGAGACUCUUCAGAUAGAUCUGGAUUAUGUAAUUAAGAAAUCAGUGAAGAUUGAGGGAUUAGGAGCUGCUCAUUAUUUCCAAGAUCCAGAAACAGCAAAAAUUCUAAAAAGAAUCGGACUGACUUACUUCUGCAUUAUUUCAACAAGGAGACAGUGCAUGGCAUCUAAAUGGCCUAAUGAUCAAAAGAAUUAUCCUCUUAUCAAGAUAUAUGAAGGUUUGACAGAACCAGUUGAAUUUGACCUCAUUGGACGACCAUUUGACAUUGAGAAUGCUAUAAAAGCUCUCCAAAGUCACUUUCAAGAUUGUCAGACAGAGAACAUGAUAUGUGACCCGCAGAUUGAGAAACUCACCCAAAGUCAGCUACAUGCAGUCACAAAAGAUCUGAGUGUCAUUCUUCAUCUUACAAAUAAUGGUCUGUCAUUGAAAGGGUUGAAAAGUCAUGUUGAUGAGGCACAGACUCGACUUGGAGAGAUGCUAAAAACGGAUAAAGUGAUAAAACAUCCGGAAGAACAGAAUGUUAUCAAGCAAACAAUUUCAUGCAAUAUAAAGGGUCCGAUUAACAACACUGUGUCAAACACUGGUUUGGACUGGCUCACCAGGAUGAGAGAUGCUGCAAAACCCUCUUCAGAUUCUGGAAAAAACACCAGCCCUUCAAUUAAGAACUUGACAGUGCAUAAGAAAACAACAACUUCUGCGACUCCUGCUCAACAAUCAGAAUUUAAAAAGAAUGAGAACAAGCCAAAGGAUGGAGCUUUAAAAGCUCUCUUGACUGAUUCCAAGGAAAACCUUCACCAAAAUGGAGUGAUGUCUUCUAGUGGUGUUACCUAUGCAGUUCCUUCCAAUUCUUUAUUUGAUUUGGCAGCCGCUAAUCCAUUUCAGCCCAACUUUGUACCAGGGCAUGUUCCCAUUUUGAAUGCAAAUUUUGGUCAACUGGAUAAUUUCUGGCAGACAACUUCCUGUAUUCAAGAUUCUGCAGUACCUAUGAAUACCAGAGUUGGUUUACCAUUAGGUGAACGGUACUUUUCCAUUGAUGCUGAAAAAAAACAAAAUAAGACUGCUGUCCACAAUCAAGCCAGUGAGCAUAUGAAUAGAUACUGGACAACACCAGGCACAAACUUAGAACAACAAAAUAAAGAAAAUUCACCUCUUCAACAAGACAAUGGUGCUUUGGCAGUAUGUAAGAAAGCAACCUCUGCAACUCCUUCUCAACAUUCAGAAUUCAAAAAGAAAGACAACAAGCCAAAGGAUGGAGCUUUAAAAGCUCUCCUGACAGAUUCCAAGGAAAACCUUCACCAGCAUGGAGAGAUGUCUUCUAGUGGUGUCACUUAUGCCGUUCCUUCCAAUAAUCUAUUUGAUUUGCAAGCCACUAAUUUGCAUCAGCAGCUUUAUCCCCAGCCCAAUCAUGUACCAGGGCAUAUUCCCAUUUUGAAUGAAAGUUUUGGUCAAAUGAAUAAUUUCUGGCAGACGACUUCCAGCUUUCAAGAUUCUGCAGUACUUACGAAUACCAGAGUUGGUUUGCCAUUAGAUGAACAGUACUUUUCCACUGAUGCUGAAGAAAAACAAAAUAAGACUACAGGCCACGAUCAAGCCAGUGAGCAUAUGAAUAGAAACUGGACUACUUCAGAUAUACUCGAGCAAGGUUGGAAUUUGCAAGAAGACAUUUUCUUUCCAAAGCAAUUCACAACCUCAACACCAAACAGCGUUACUACCCAUCGCAUGAACAUAAAAGAUGUUUUAGUGGAUUUUACCUCACCUAGGCCUUCACCAUUACCUAGUUCUUUCACAUGCAAUUUUCCAGGCUGUUCUCUUUCAUUCGACACAUUAAAUGGAUUACAGAGUCAUUAUAGGCAGAUGCACACACCUGAAGGAAGAGCCAAAUGCAGAAAAUGUGGAAAAGAGAGCACCAAGAGUGGCAUUACCCAACAUGAGAAGGCAUGCAUGGGAAACUCAUUCUCUUAUAUUCCUAAAGCAACGCCAUCACCAAGCAUUCAAAGUAUGCAGUAUGAUUCCGGCCUGGGCACCAUGUCACACAGCUUUACAUUUGCAGACUUGCCUUCAAUUGUAAACAACUAUUCGAUUCCUGUUACUCCCAUUAGUAACCAGAAUUAUCACUUGGAGCCAAAAAACUUACUCAAUAUUUUUGAUCUUAAUUCAGCACUGAGAAACCACCCACUGAGGGUACCUGACUCUGCCCCUUCCGGUUCGCUGUCCUUAAGCUCCCCAGCUUCCACAGAAGGAGGCAUCAUUUACUAUAUGGACGAACCGGUAAACGGAGCUCCUGUUUAAAAGAGACCAACAAUAUUUCUGUUAAUUUUGGCCCAAAACUCUGGGCAUUUCACUCCAAGACAGACGUUACUUUUGUUUUAUGUUUUGGUAAUAAUAAAUGGGAUGAACCGGUUGACACCCAAAAUUUUGAUCCAGCAUUCUAUUGUUACUGCACCCAGCCACAAAAGUUUCAAAGAGGUAGAGUGGGUGAUGAAUAGGACCCUUAAAUUUCAGCCAGCAAUAAUAAAAGAAUUAACAUGUAAAAACACAUACUUACUUUCUUACCUUAACCAUUAAACAAAUAUACCCAGGAAAAACCAUGUACUUCAGCUAGUUAUAUUAUAAUUAUAAUAAUAAGAAACAAUAACCUUCCUCAAAUACACAGCAGAAAAAUUAAACAGAAAGCAAACAUCGGAGAUGGAUAAAGAUAAAAAGAGCACUCGUAUUCACAGUGAGGUAUAAAGGUGACCCAGUAGUGGUUCAUCAAGCUAAUUAAAGGGAAGGUUCAGUUAUAGGACACACUCUGGACCCCCUGGAAGUCGUAGCAAAGGAAAGAAUGAAAACAAAGCUGAGUACUAAUGUGGUCAAUGCUGCACAUCCUCACUCUGACACUUUGACAACGUGGGUUCUACUCCAUGCUCCCAUCAUGCAUCUGGGAGCCCUCAAACCCGACACCAUCGAUAAUGUCACCGAUGAGCUAGGCAGUUAGGUACAAACAAUGAAAUUAGGGGAUGGUGCCAUCCAGGCAAUACACCAGGGGAGUGACCCUUGCUGCAGCUGACCUGCUUUGCCUGCUUCUGCUGAUUGGUUCGCCUCACCGACCCCUGGCUCUGGUAGGCUUCACCUUACGCGGCAAGUCAUUCGCCUUCCGGUCACUCCCACUCUUUACUAAAUGCUCAGCGGGAGCGACCACUACGACUGCUUCUCGGGUGCCGGCCAAACACCCAGGCUCCCUGCUCAGCUGCAUGUGAGCCUGCGCUCGCUCGCUCUCCCACACCGGCUUUCUCCUCCUGCUUCCUGCCUUCUCCUGCAACCUCCCGUUCUUUCCUGUUCUCUCUUUUCUUUUUUUCUUAACUACCCCUGCUAGCCGCCUUAUGCUUCAAUUUAAUUACGGGACGUGGAUCAGCUGUGGCAAUCAGCAGUACCCGGGAACAAUUACAGAUGUGGACAACUCCUCACCUGUGCAUUUAAGCAGGGAUCACUCACAUCACAAAUCACCCCAGGAACCAUUUCAGCCACAAACCACCACGGCCCAUCGCUAAGCCGCGAGUGCAGCGAUUAUUUAUAAUUAAAAAGUGGCCUUUUGACAUGAGCUGUGGACCCGCUACACCACAGACACACUAACACAGAGGACUUUCAGUGGACAAAUUAUCUAGCAGAAGUGUGUAUGGGGGCUUCCUUAAUACCCACAACAAUAAAUCUCCAUAAUGCCUCACUCUGACUAUGACUGCCAAGUCAGAGGUUUUCUUUCUAUUUAAAUUUUUGUUCUUUUUAGUCAUUCUGGUGUAUGUUCAGUGUACUGGUGCACAGUGGUAUUAAUAUCUCUCUGGAUAUAAAAAGCACCCUUUGUGAGGGCCAUGGUCUUUGUCAGACAAUCACUGCAAAGUCAUUGACAUGCACAAAACAGGAAAUGGCUACAAAAAGUAUCAAAGAGUUUGAAUGUCCCACUAAGCACCGUUGGAUCCAUCAUCAGAAAUAUAAAGGACUCACAAGUAAUACCUAGUUAUGUUUAAUUAUUAUGGUCAAAUGAAUUUCACCUUUGUGCCAUUUGUGAUUAAUAUGUCAUUUGUGUAAAUCUGUAGCUUCCAAAGCAAAGUUUAAAUCUUUUUGCAAAUGCUAAUUUUCAAGUUUUUCUUCUUCUGUUAAAUAUCUAUAGAAGAUUGUUACAACAUAAGACUUCACAUUAAAAUGCUGAAUGGAUAAAUAUGUGUACAAAUCUUUUGUCAUACAGAAAAUUAUGAUGA